AUGGAGGUAUUAUCUCACCCGUCCCUCCGUGCAGAUACAUACAAAUCUAUCUAUAUCAACAUCUAUAUACAUAUAUAUGUAUAUUUGUGCGUUACUGGUGGCAUCGCUGCGUGUGCGCAGGGCCUCUUUGCUGGCUCUCCUUUUGUUUCCCUUCUUCCUUUUAAUUUUUUUUUCUACAGCUCCUUGUGGCGAUGUAUCUCGUCGUACAUCCAGGCAGGCACACGCGUGCACACACGCACAGGCACACACCACAAGGAGAACAACAACAACCAAAAAGAAACGAAGUUGGGCUUUUCAUCCAUCUAUUUGAGUGUGUACCGUUGGGAAAAAAAAACGAAAUACAACAACAACGGAAACAAAGAGAAAAGAAAAGAAGAGAAGAAGAGGGAGUUGCUGGAAGAAUGA